GAAAACGCCACCGACCUCACUACCUCCGCCCCGGCGGUUAUAUUUGGUAAUUCCACUUUCUACUUCGACAAAAACGACCAACAAACCGGAAGAAGACCUCGUAAUUCCACCUCAGGUCAGCACGACCGCCGACGUGAUUGUGUCCCAGAUAUAUGAUGCUGCUCUUCGCCGGGUUUUCUCUGAAGAUGCCCAGCUGGCCGCAGUAACUAGAAAUCGCAAACCGAGCAACGCAAACACGACAUCAAAUAGCGCAGAAGAUGCAAAUACUCAUCCACUCGUUGCAGUUGCAACUACCACUGCCGAAGAUGAUAAAGUGGAACGACAAGAACCAGAUGCAGAGGAGCAGCUUUCGCCGGAGGACCUCGAGACCCUCGCGGAGCUGGAG